GACUAUUCAUCCUUGAGUAGACUCUUCUUCACUAUUUUCUCUCUAUUGUCUACAUCUUCUUCACCUCCCCAAGUUCCUAUUCGAUUCUAUUUUGUCUUUCUUUGAUUUUCAUAUAUUUGAGAUUUAUCUUCUUGAGUUUAUAAGAGGUGUGGGAGAAUAUCUUCUUCAGUACGUUAGGUAUAUACCGAAGAAACCCUAUUUGUCAUUAUCAGCUGGUGAGAUCUGUUUCAUCUUCUAUCUCUCUAAGCUUGACUUUUGUUUGGACUCAAGCUUUGUAAGCAAAUGGAUCAAUUACAUGGUAACAAAUCCAACUGUGGAUUCUCACUUGGGAGACCUAGAUUUGGAUCUACACAAGAAGAUCAAGCUGAAAACGUUGAAAAAGAAGCUAAAAGCAUCGGUCUCAGGAAAGAAGAAGAAGAAGAUGAUGAUGAUGGAGCUAAAAGUGCAGAUCUAGAAGAAGAAGAAGUUGAAGAAGAAGAAGAGAAGAAGCAUAUUUAUUGUGCACGUGGUAAAAAAAGGUUUAGGUCGAGUAAGCCUUUAGGUGAUCACAAAAGGCUUCAUAUGCUCCAUACUCGGAAAUUUUCAAUGGCGAGACCAAAGAUGGUGUCUGCUGGUAUGGUUGGCAGAUAUGAUGAAAGAGGUGAAUUUGAAGUUGAUUGUUGUGUUUGUCACAAGAAGUUUACAUCAAUGAAGGCUUUGUAUGGACACAUGAGGUUUCAUCCAGACAGAGGAUGGAAAGGAGUUUUGCCUCCUCAUACUGAUGAUUAUGAUGAUGAUGAUGAUGAUGAUGAUGACGGUGAUGGGGAUGAUGAUGAUGAUGAUGAUGACGGUGAUGAUGAUAAUCAUUGGGGAAUGGGAAACGUCGUUGACCUAAAGGAAUCGGUCAAAGGAUCGUGGACAACAAGGAAGAGAGGAAGGAGAAGUGCUUUGAAGGUUGACGAAUCAGAUUUGAAGGAUAAUAUUGAUGCUAAGAAUCUGUUGUUCUUAGCUACUACUGCAGAGGAUGUUGAUCUCGAUAUUGCAGAGACUUCUGAUUCUCAUUCCGGCCAAGAGAUGACCAAGAAGACGAAGAAGAAGAAGAAGAAGAAAGGAUUGUCUGAGAUGGAGAAAGAACCAUCUCAGCUUGAGGUUGUUGUUGGUGGAGCUGAUGAGGAAGGUGGUGGUGCACGUGAGAAGCACGUGUGUGCCACUUGCAACAAGUCCUUUACUUCUUAUCAAGCUUUAGGAGGUCACAGAGCAAGUCACAACAAGGUCAAGAUUUUGGAUAAACAUGAAGUAAGGUCAAACGGUGAAGCUUUAUUCCUUGGUACCGAAGCAAUGGUAACCGGUUUGGCUAGUGCUCAAGGACCAAACACAUCAUUAAGCAGUAAUGGCGGUCACGUCUGCAACAAAUGUCUUAAAAGUUUCCCAACGGGUCAAGCUCUUGGGGGUCACAAGAGACGCCAUUGGACUGGACCAGUUUCUAGUGAGGCUGCAACUGCUGUGCCAACGGCUGCAGCCUCGCCAUCAGCCUCUCCAUCAGCCUCUCCAGCAGCAGAUACUUCUAGUCAAGUAACAGAGACACUGCAAGAGGUGAAGAAAAGAAAGCUUUUGGAGUUUGACUUGAAUGAGUUGCCACCUAAUGAAGAAUGACUCUUAGAGACGUAUAUAUGCAGGCAAGUAUAAGCUUUAAUUUAAAAAUCCAAAAAGACAAAGAUAUUGAAAUUAGGGAGUAAUGAUGGUAAAAAGAGUUGUUGACAUGGUAGUUUGAGAAAAGAGAUAAAGAUACUGGUUGAUCUUUGGUUCUUGAGGUUCCUGGUGUUUGGCUUUUAAUCUAUAAUUUGGUGGGGGUCUUUUGUUAUUUUUAUACAAAGGAUAUAUAAUGCUUUGUAUUCUU